AAAAAUGGCGAAGGAAAGCAUCGAUGGAAUCGAUUUGUACGCCGAUGUCGACGAUUUUGGACCAGAUCAUGAAUAUCAGGACUCAGAAAUGUUUGAUGUAAUGGCUUCUCGGCAUGGUGACCCAUUCGAAGACACAAAGUAUUCAAGUCAGUAUUCCAGGCACUCAUCAUUCAAUGGUAAAAAAUUCUCACUGUAUGUUGCUAACUUAUCUUGGUGGACGACAGAUAAAGAUUUGGCCGAUGCCAUUGCCAGCCUUGGAAUCAAUGACCUCAUAGAUAUAAAGUUCCACGAGAAUAGAGUCAACGGGCAAUCCAAAGGUUUUGCAACAGUAACAGUAAACUCUGAAAUGAGUUCAAAAAUUUUGUUGGACAAAUUAUCAAAACGUGAGAUUCAUGGUCAGCAAGUUGUGGUCACUCAUUGCACGGCUAUGGCGCUAAAGCAGUUUGAUACUUCAGCGGCCACUGCUGCCACUUCAUCAGCUUCGGCUACCGCUGCUGGCAAGAAGGAGCCUGCUUCACCAAUGUACAACGGUCAACAGCCAUUAGCAGCGCCGCCAUCUCAUCUAUCACAGCCACAAUUUCGCCUGCGUCCACCACCUCAGCCGCACCAGCAGCAACUUCAACAUCAACAACCACCCCACCAACAACAACUUCAUUCUUCUAUCAUCAACAUGCCAACAACUCGUCCGGGUCAUCCACCUAAUCUUGCACAAGGGCCCACUCCAAAUCAUCCUGGACCAUUGCUAGGGGGCCCAGGGCAGUCCCCUCGUGUUCUUCUGCCCUCUGGUCCCAACACAGCCUUACCCCCACCUGCUCUUACUGGAAUGGUUGGAGGUGGUGGAGGUGCUGUUAGACAUUUUGGUGGACCUUCAGGCAUAGCAGGGGGUCUACAACCCUCCUCUCUCCAUCCACCCGGAUUGACAGGGGCCGGACCGGGGCUGACAGGUAUGGGCAUGGCUGGAGCAACCGGAGGGGGCCCAGGGGUGGCCCCAUUGACGCCCAACGUCAACCCUAUCCAGUCACCGCAUCACCCCCCUCAUCAUCUUCCUCCUGGGCAGUUACAAUUGAGAGCACCUCCAUCAAUGGGAUUGAGAGGUGUAGUGCCACCCAGUUCCAUGGAAUUGAGAGCAGAUCAUUAUGAUCCUAACCUAUUCAUAAUUAUUAAUUAUGAAGGGUUUCAACAGCCUCCACCAGUUGUUGUUCGUCAGUCGCUUGGGCAGAUUGUCCUACAACAACAACAACAACAACAAAAUCAGCCGACUGAUGUAUUGGGCAGGCAGAUUCCAUUGUUCCAGCAGCCAGCUGUAGAUCCGUUCAGGGAAAGAAAUCCCCUCGGACAACCCAUCCUACACGGCACUCCCAUCAUCACUCCAUCCCCUUCUAAUUCUUCUUCAUCUCUCCCGUUGGACAUGUACGCGAGGGAGAGAGCAGAGAGAGAACAAGCGGAGAGAGAGCACAUUGACAAAGAUUGGCGCCAGCAACAGCAGCUGCAACAGCAGCUUCAACAGCAACAGUCCCAAUUUAGUCCUCAGUCCAGAGAGCAAGUUAAAACUGAAGCCAGUUCGUCGGCCACACAACAGCAUCAACAGCAACAACAACAGCUGUCAGAUAUGCAAGAGUUUGAAGAUAUCUUACAGAGGAAUAAAUCUGUAUCAAGUAGUGCUAUCUCAAGAGCCGUGCAAGACGCCAGUGAAUAUGCAAGUGCCAUAGAAACGUUGGUGACUGCAAUCUCCCUCAUCAAACAGAGUAAGAUUGCCAGUGAUGAUAGAUGCAAGAUCCUCGUGAGCUCUCUUCAGGACACACUACGUGGCAUUGAGGAUAAAUCCUAUGGAUCUAAGUCAUCACGGAGCGACCACCGUAGAUCUAGGUCGCCGAGGGAUCGAUCCACCACGAAGACAUCCUCCCGCCACAAUCGCAGUCGAAGCCGCGAUCGCGACUACAGGGAGAGUCGGAGCAGCCGAGACAAAGACAGGUACUACGACAAGUACGACUACAAGGAUCGGGACUACAAAGAGAGUGCCAGGGACUACAAGGAGAGUAGCAGUAGGGACUACAAAGAGAGUAGCAGUAGGGACUAUAAAGAUAGUGGGAGAGAUUAUAAGGAUUAUAAAGAGAGUGGGAGAGAUUAUAAGGAGUAUAAGGAGAGUAGAUCCGGGAGACACUGA